AGAUGACCUCUCCUGCUAGCUAGCGGCAGCUCACCGUCAGGAAACUUGACUCUAACGCUUCCAAACAGCAAACAAACAUUUUACAGCAUGGACCAGACUAAACAAGAGGAGGAAUAUGGAUACGAUUUAUUCCCGGAGAGGAAAGGAGGGAAGUACAAGAAGGGCUCAAUCGCAGAGAGCCUGUUCACUUUCAAUAACAAGUGUCAGGUCAUGUUACAGUUCGCAGUGGAAACUAGUCCAUAUGCCAAACUCCUCCUUAGUGCCAUGAAGAGUUCAGGAUGCAAGGUGUUCAAAGACCGACAUUUCUCCUGUGAAGAUUGUGACGGCACGGUCAGCGGUGGCUUUGAUGCAACUUCCUCUCAAAUCGUUUUGUGUCAGAACAACAUCCACCAGCAGUCCCAUAUGAACCGAGUGGUCACACACGAGCUCAUCCAUGCCUUCGACCACUGCCGGGCCCACGUGGACUGGUUCAACAACUUCAGACACCUGGCUUGUUCUGAGAUUCGGGCAGCUAACCUCAGUGGAGACUGUUCCUUCAGUAAUGAAGUUGCGAGAUUCAACUUUGGCCUGAAGCAACAUCAUCAGGAGUGUGUGCGCGGCCGUGCCCUUCGCUCCAUCCUGGCUGUGAGGAAAGUUAGCCGAGAGGAGGCGGAGAAAAUAGUCGACGAGGUCUUCGACACGUGUUUUAACGACCACGCACCGUUUGGUCGAAUCCCGCACAGCAAGAAGGAUGCCAAGUUUGCUCACAGAGAUUAUGAUAACAGAGAUCGAUAUUAUGCAAACCUUUAGUGUCAUCACACUCUCAUUUCAAGUCCCAAGGGUGCUCAGGCUGGUUGUGACGUUGACAAGAGCUUGGCAGCGUCAUGGCCUAAGUAAGAAUAAAAGCCUCAACAGAACAACUGUGUCGAAAACUAUCAUAUCCCCUCGGAAGGGAUUUUCACAGUGAUUUGUCCUUGGAACAGGAUGUGAGUUAAAGCAAAGAAAGGAGUCAUUUCAUUUUCUACCUUUUGGACAUUAAUUCUCUAUAAAGGGAUUAUAAGGAGUGAUUUUGCUCGGGAAGUAAAAUAUUAGAAAAGAAGAGACACCAGUGAUUUCUUUGUCUUUUGUUUUUAGGUGAUCAGUGGGUGCUUUUUAAGGAAAUACAAAAUUUCCUUUUUGUCCAUCAAUGUUUGCUGUGAAAGUCAUAUGAUGACAAACAAGGACACAUUUCAAUGCUGGCUCUUCUUCUUUUUGCCAUGUUGGCCUCCACUAACUUCUUGUAAAUAGCUCAUUGUGCUUAAAUUAAACAGAAUCAACUUGUGUUUGAAUUAAAGUUUGAUUCCUCUGAAAAAAA